AUGGACGAACGUAUUGAAGAGAUAGAGAAGCUUCUAGUCAAGCCAAAGGAAUGGAAGUAUGCAGGAGAAGUGGAUGUGAGAAAAAGGCCAAAGAAUAGCUUACUAGAGCAGGAGGAAAUCGACUUUAAGCAAGGGCCUCCGCUUGUUCCAUUCUCAUCAAAACAGGACAGCGAAAUAGAAAGCAUUACUCUGCAGAGAAUUCGAGAGGGAACAUUUGACAACCACGAGUAUAAUGUCAAGGAGGUUGUCGAUAUUGCAGAUGAGCUUCCGGAUACGGAUGAUCUGGAAUGUAAGGACAUUCUCUCCCUCUACAAUGAAAUUGAAGGAGAUCUCAUGCAGAUUGUUGACUUUGGAAACAACGGAUUUGUUCCUGACUGCGAGAUAAGGAUUGUUCAGGGAAAAGAAAGCAGUUCCAGCACCAAAAAGAAGCUUGAUGUCAAGUCGCUAGACAGAAUUAGAAACGUCACUGUUCUGAAGAAGAGCUAG